UGCCCUGCCACCCGCCGAAGCAACGGCCAGGUGAAGAAUCAUCAUCGCCUCGACGACAACCGAUUCUCACGACCAGAAGAAGAAAUAUUCGUGGAAAACUCUGUUCGAAAUCGUCGUAGCGAAAAAAUUUCAAAUUGGUGUUCGUGUGCGCGAAAUAAAAGAUACGUCGAAGAUCGUGAUCGUCGGCUUCGAUCGUCGUCAUCAUCUGAGGUCACGUCAGUGUUAUCAUUAAUUUUAAUUUAUUGUUCGGUUUGGUAGCUGAUGCGCCUCCCGUGAUUGAUCAAGAUUUCGAUCGACGGAGGGAGAUACACGUGACAGUGCGCGACUAUCGGCGAAACUUCGCGCGACGAGCGCCGCGUUUGAAAACAUAUGUUUCGAGUUUGAAAAACAAUUUUCGAUACAUAGGCGCUAUAUAUACAAAUUUUUAGUGAAAAACAACAGUAAAUACGUAAAUAAGAAAAAAAGGUGCGCGCGAGCACGAUGUCGUAAAGACCGCGGAUAGUGUUUUUAGACACGCGCGAUAAGGAAGAACAAGCGUACGCGAUCUACGAAGCUGCUCCCUCGUCAAGGUGACUCCGAAAUUCGUCGAGCGUAUCCAAGUGUUUCGAGUAGAUCUCGCGAGUGCUUCUUCGUCAUCGAUAAGAAGAAACCGGGAAACGGAAGACUCGAUCAAAGAAUUGGGAAAUACAAGGGUGGCCACGGGGAUUGACGACGAUUCCAAUAAAACGAAUUUUCUUCGCGAGUUAGCAAUCGAGACGAGGAAGAAUUUGCAAACGCGGACGGCCCUUUGCUCCCGUCCCGUGGCAGGAUAAUGAAAUAAGGAUCAAAGAAGCCUUGGGCGACCCGCGAGGGCCGAGAAAGCCGCCGAGAAGAGUCGCGCGUGCCGUUCGAAGAAAAACAAAUCCAAUUCUCGCUAGUAAGAAGAUAUCCGGUGUGCGUUCGUAAUGCGUUUCCCGUCAUCGCCAGGAUCAAUUCGUGUUUGUAAAAUUCUCACGUCGUCAUCGUCGAGUGAAUUUCACGCAUUCGUCAAACGUGAAUGUAGAACGUAACAAUCGGUCUUAUAAAUAAGACGUGUGUGAUAUAUACAAGAGAUUGUAAUUGCUGAAUAAAAAUUAAAAAUUAAAAAAAAAAAAAACAGGAUAUAAAUAAAUAAGAGAUAUAUAUCAUCAACGCAGACGUAUCAAUCGAAGGACCAAGCAUCAUAUCGGAAUUGAUCAAAAGAAAGCGAUUUUUAUCGCCGAUCAACUUGUACAGUUAUUUCGUUCAGAAUUCAGGGAAAAAAACAAGAUAUAAACAAUUGAGCAGCCGAACUUUUCCGGGACACCAGGGAAGGGUGAUGUUGUGAUUAAAGAAAUCAAUGACAUCGUUCUCAUGACGAAUCCUUCGCGAGAUGUCCGACCCGAGGAUCGGCCUCCCGGCCUAGACUAUCCUGAUCCUAGGUCAGUGCGCGGCGGUCAUCAGGCGCAUCAAGCGAACCCGGUGAGCCAGAUCGGCGGGCCCAGAAUACGAAGGACCCGAGCCUCGUCCUCGAGGAGAAGAAUGCACCUGGCCAACGAGGUGCCACCUCAAGGUUCGGCCGGCGGAAAUCAUCUUUCCGAUUAUGCUCUCACCGCCGAUUUGCUUGCCGAGAGGACGCUUGACGGGCUUCUCGCCGAGCAUCCUGGAGAACUUGUUCGCACAGGUUGUCCACAUGUGGUCUGCACGGUAUUGCCGUCACAUUGGAGGUCGAACAAGACCCUUCCGGUAGCAUUCAAAGUGGUAGCUCUUGGCGAAGUUGGAGACGGUACCCUCGUGACCGUCCGGGCCGGAAAUGAUGAGAAUUGUUGUGCGGAAUUGCGGAAUUCUACCGCGCUAAUGAAAAAUCAAGUCGCCAAAUUCAACGAUCUUAGGUUCGUCGGUAGAAGCGGUAGAGGAAAGAGCUUCACCCUGACGAUCAUGCUGCAAACAUCGCCGCCGCAAGUGGCAACCCUGUCGAAGGCAAUUAAGGUGACCGUGGACGGUCCCAGAGAGCCGCGUUCCAAGACAAGACACCAGGCCUUUCAUCCCUUUCACUUCGGACCACGUCCGUUUCCUUUCGGACACCCGCAGGACCCGUUGGGAUUCAAGCUGUCGGGAUUGCAACACCUGGGUCUGGAGCAAGGAGCGGGCCAGGGAUGGGGCGGGUUACCUCGAGGAUCUUUACCACCGCACUGUCUUCCACCGCCUCCCGGCCACCAUCCGCACACACAUCCACAGCCAGUUGGUGCGUCGGCUUUCAACCCCUUCCACCACGCCAUCGAACAAAGAUCCCCAAGGCUGCCUGGACCUAACACCGAAUCCACGAGAAGUGAUUUGGGUCCGAUCAGCGUGUCGGUGCGGGAAGUAACACCGACAACGUCACCCGGAAACCCAGGUCCGGGAUUGCUGACGACGGCCUCGGUGACGGCGCCGACGCCUCCUGCCGAGUCGACUACCACUACCACGACGCCCAGUCCGUCUGGACAUCACUCACAUUUUCAAGGUCUUCAUUUGCUGGGUGCCACGGGAUCUAUAUUUGGAUCAAUAUUCGCCCCGUUGUUGCCGCAGUCUUCGUGGCUGUACAAUCCUCUGUACCAUACGCAGCAGUACAUUCUUGAACCGGAAUGGCAUGCUUUGGCCUUGAGAAUGGCACAGCAGCGACUGCAGAGGCCAGAUCAGACCCGACUCGAAGAACUCAGGAAGCUCAGAAGUAGCAGCGACAGUCCUGAAAGCAGUACGAAAGACGAAGAGAGGAGAGGAGACGAUCAAGGCGUGUUGCGUCGAUCCGGAUUGGACAGUCCCGAUGAUAGUAUCGAAGUGGACGACAGGAACGAUCAGGACUUAAACAGAGAUCGCGUUAGAAGCGACGAAUCUAUACCCGAACAGGAUUCUCCAAGAAUCUCGCCUAUCAGAAGCGACUUCGAAGAUGCCACGUCCACGGACGCAACCUUUCAGGAAGCGUCGAUUCGUCUGCGACAAAGUAUUGAAAAUUUAAACGACCCGGAACUUCAGAUCGAGCAGGAUGAGACUGUCAGUCGCGGAGAUCUUACUGUGAAAAUUCGCUUAGAGGGCACGGUCGAUCUUAGCACGAAGAAAAACCAAGAUAAAGAGAACGUAGGUCAGGAUCUGACGACGCGAAGAAAGGAAGAUGGGAUAGACGUUGAGAGAGAACCGAUCAGAUCACGAAGAGAGAGAAGUCCUAAGCCUAGACAAGUGUGGAGACCUUAUUAAAGACUGUAAUUUUUACAAAAAUUCGAUUGUCAGGAUAUAAAUAAUUUUGUCGUGCGGAUUGAACUAAAGUGUAGGUCACUUCUAUCGUAUGUUCUUUUUUUUUUAGAAAAAGAAGUUUCUUUCGCUGAGAAAUCGGCAGACCGGUUGAUUUAAUCUCGUCUUAAUGAAUUGAGAACAUUCCCAGAGGACGGAGGAGAGCAGAGCUAGCGCGAUGAUGUAGAUUAAUUUAGCAAUGCUAAGCGAUGUAUCAUCAUCGUCAAGCUGUCGAGGGAUAACGGAACAUGUUGACUGGAUGUCGAACGUUCCGCGCGCAAUGUAACACGCGGUAAUCGUCUGCUUGUGUGUAAAUUAAUUAACAAAUGUUUCUGAUGAACAUUUUUGCCACAAUUAUACUUAUCCAUCUCUUUCUAUACCCGUCGCGGGUAUAUCAUCUAAGAUCAUGGACUCGAGGACUAACCAGGGUUUACGUUUGCAUAUAUAUAUAGUAUGUAUAUAUACGAUCCGACUAUUAUCUAGGUUAAUGUUUCAAGUACGCGUUAAGCAUUUCCCUCUCGUCGUUCCGAGUAAGAAAUUAAAUUUCCUGAAUGUCUCACUGACCACACGAGUACACGUUACAUAAAAUAUAUUUUAAUCCUGAACAACAAAUUUAUUUAGAUCAGGAUAUCACCCGUCUUUCUACGUGAACGUUUAUAAUUUUGUUGUGAUAUUGUAAUGUCAAUGAUUUUUCGAAAAAAAAGUAUAUAAUCGAAGAAAAAAAAAGAUUCUCGUGUGGUAGAUGACAAAUUCUCACGAUACAAGCGAGAUCACGAGUAUAGCUUACGUUGUAAAUAUCACCAUCCAACUUCGAAUCCUGGGCCGAGUCACAUCCUCUCGUCAAGGCGUUGUCUCCUUUUUUUACGAGGCAAACGCCGUUGUCGUUUAUUGUCAAGUAAAGAGAUAUUGAUUAGAGAAUCGUGGAAAUGUGUUUCAUUGUAUAAUUAUCGAAUCCACGAGCGUCUCGUCUUGACGAUGCUGUAUAUGUACGCGUGACUGCUGGCCUCAAUCAAAAUCACUCAUUGUUUAAGUACA